AUGCCCUUCAUUUCAGCUUUCGGCGAAAGCCAAAUAUAUUACGAGAUAUAUGGCAAUGGCAACCCAGUCGUCGUCUUCGUCUCUGGUUUCAUGGGUAUUGCCGACAUCUGGAGACCUCUAGCCACCAAGCCCAGCACCAAAUACUUUUGUAUCGCCCACGACAACAGAGGAUUCGGCUGCUCCUCGAAACCAAAAGAUCGCAUCGCCUAUAGCGUUGAAAAUCAUGCCCACGACAUUACCUUGCUCCUCAACGUCCUUGACGUCGACCAACCCGUCAUUUUGGUUACCCACUCAAUGGGCGGCAACAUCGCGUCGGCCUUUGCACUUGCGAAGCCAGAACGAGUCGCGGGCAUUGUCUACACCGGUACAUACUACGACGGAAAACAGAUGCGCGAGAAAGGAGUUACCUACAAAGCGCUUACCGAGAACGGACACAAUCCCACGGACAUCAUCAAAUUCUACACCAACUUCGGCCUGACUGAGGACAUUGCAUUGGAGGCAGCAAAAUGGUCUCCUUGCGCGCGAGAACACAACGCUUGGAGCUUGGUCGAUUUCGAAAUGGGAGAUAGAUAUGCCGAGAUCACAAUCCCCACGAUGAUUGUACAGGGCAAUAAGGAUGUCGUCAACCCUCCAGACUUUGUUCGUCAAAUGGCAGAAGAGUUACCUAAUUGUAGGCUUGAGUUUCUGGAUGUGUCAAUCACUUCCCUCCAACUGAGGCGCCGGAGAAAUUAG